AUGACUUGGCCCAAUGUCCCAGUUGCUGCCGCAGAGGGCAUCUCGUACUUCACGCCUGCGCAGACUCCGCCUGCUGGAACCGCGCGCAACCCGCAAACCAGCGGCAAGGCCAUCCCUAAACUGUUCCAGCCCCUGACUAUUCGAGGUCAGACUUUCCAAAACCGUCUUGGUGUGGCGCCCAUGUGCCAAUACAGUGCUGAAGAUGGACACAUGACUCCCUGGCACAUCGCCCACUACGGUGGUAUCGCUCAGCGCGGUCCCGGAAUGAUUAUCAUUGAAGCCACCGGUGUCGCACCCGAGGGCCGUAUCACUCCCGGCUGCGUGGGUCUGUGGAAGGACUCCCAGAUUGCGCCGCUCAGGCAGGUCGUGGAAUUCGCUCACAGCCAGGGCCAGAAGAUCGGUAUCCAAUUGGCUCAUGCUGGUCGCAAAGCCUCGACGGUUCCCCCCUGGUUGGGUGGUGUCACGGCUACCAACGCUGUUGGCGGCUGGGUCGAGAAUGUCAAGGCCCCCAGUGCUAUCCCCUUUGCUGAGGGUGAUAUUGUCCCCAAGGCAAUGACCAAGGAGGAUAUUCAGGAUGUCAAGGAGGCCUGGGUUGCUGCUACUAAGCGCGCUCUGGCUGCCGGGGUGGAUUUCAUCGAGAUUCACAAUGCCCACGGCUACCUGCUCUCCUCUUUCCUAAGUCCCUCGUCUAACCAGCGCACCGACGAGUAUGGUGGCAGCUUCGAGAACCGCAUCCGUCUGCCUCUGGAGAUUGCCCAACUCACCCGUGACACCGUUGGACCCAACAUCCCCGUCUUCCUGCGUGUCUCUGCUACCGACUGGUUGGAGAACAGCCUGCCCGAGGAGAAGGGCUGGAAGUCGGAGGAUACGGUCGAGUUUGCCCGUGCCCUCGCUGAGCAGGGUGCCAUUGACCUGAUUGAUAUCAGUACCGGCGGUGUUCAUGCCGCUCAGAAGGUCACCUCCGGUGUUGGCUUCCAGGUUCCCUUCGCCGCCGCCGUCAAAAAGGCCGUCGGUGACAAGAUUCUUGUGUCGGCUGUCGGCACUAUCAACACUGGUGUUCUGGCCGAGGAGAUCAUGAACGAGAAUGCCAUCGAUGUCAUCCUGGUUGGCCGUGCCUUCCAGCGUGAUAGCGGUCUGGCCUGGGCCUUUGCGAAGGACUUGGAUAUUGAGAUUGCCAUGGCUGCGCAGAUUCGAUGGGGCUUUACCAGUUUCCGGAAUGCCUCGGAGUACAUUCAGCCCAACUCGAUGAAGGCCUCCAUUUUUGAUUAG